AAUUAUGGCCGCUGCCGUAUGAUCGCGACUGGCGCUCAGCCGGCGUAAACAGUAUCGGAGGAGCGGGUAUUAUGUCCCGUUAUUUCUCGAGCUGCCAUGCAAAAAUAUGAGAAACUCGAGAAGAUAGGAGAAGGCACUUACGGGACUGUGUUCAAGGCAAAAAACAGAGAAACGCAAGAGAUUGUUGCGUUAAAGCGUGUGAGGCUCGAUGACGACGACGAGGGGGUGCCAAGUUCUGCACUGCGAGAGAUCUGUCUUCUUAAAGAACUAAAGCACAAAAAUAUUGUGAGGUUACAUGAUGUUCUUCACAGUGAGAAAAAACUUACUCUUGUAUUUGAGCACUGCGACCAAGACCUGAAGAAGUAUUUUGACAGCCUCAAUGGUGAAAUUGACCUCGAAGUUGUUAAGUCUUUUAUGUUCCAGCUUCUUCGUGGCCUUGCAUUCUGCCAUAGCAAUAAUAUCCUGCAUAGAGACCUCAAGCCACAAAACCUUCUCAUUAAUAAGAAUGGAGAACUAAAGUUAGCUGACUUUGGUCUAGCAAGGGCAUUUGGAAUUCCAGUUAGGUGCUACUCAGCUGAGGUGGUCACGCUUUGGUAUCGGCCACCAGAUGUUCUGUUUGGGGCCAAGCUCUACACAACGUCCAUUGACAUGUGGUCUGCUGGCUGCAUUUUUGCAGAGCUUGCGAAUGCAGGAAGGCCACUUUUCCCUGGGAGUGACGUUGAUGAUCAACUAAAACGGAUAUUCAAGCUCUUGGGAACACCGACUGAAGAUACGUGGCCAGGGAUGACACAGCUACCAGAUUACAAGUCGUUCCCGCUGUACCACCCAACAACCAGCUUUGCGCAAGUGGUCCCGAAGUUGAGCUGUAGAGGGCGAGACCUACUGCAGAAACUUCUAGUCUGCAAUCCAGCCGUGCGGCUCUCGGCAGAAGAGGCCAUGCAGCACCCUUACUUCAGUGACCUCCCAACCUCCAUUAGGAACGGCUGAUCAUCUAGGCAUCAGUGCAUCGUGGUAACCGGUCCUAAGGCACUGUCUGCUACCGUUUCACUUCAUUUGUUUCAUUUGAAUUCAGUAAUGUAUAUACAGUCAACAUUACAGCUAUCAUUUCAGUGUUACUAUGUUAUCAUUUCUUGUCUUUGUCUUUUCUCAAUGGAAGUUGAGUAUUGGAAUGGUCGUAGUGGAAUCGAUUAAUUCAACAAGUACGUACCUGAUCAAUGAUAGGAAUUUGAUCGAACAAUCAACCUCGGGCAACUCGAAAUUAAAUGCACUAAGCCUUGUGGGGAUAUUCCUUCCCGUGCCUAAUCCACUUAAAAUUAAUUUAGUGAAGCUACGCUGUGAUUGUGAUUUCCUUAUAAGUGUGUUGCGGUAGUGCUGUUGGGGAUGUACAUUUACAAACUGUGAGUGCAAUUCUUUUGUCUUUAAAUCAGUAGCUGAGCAUUGUGAAGUGCACUCUGGUAUUUGCACACACUGCUGAGACGGUGCCUGUCAAUUCCAGGCUGCGUGCCGAGAGUGGGAUAAAGCUUUUGACGACACCGACAGUCGGGAAACUUUGGUCCUUGAUGGUACAAACAUUGUAUCUCAGGUUGAUGCUGUUUGUCCAACUAAAAUUUUGUGAACGUUAAGGCAUGCUUUAUAAAAAUGCUGCAGUCUUUUGGUUGCUGUGUGUUGCUAUCUUCUAGAACAGUUUGCACAUAUGCGAACCAUUCUACGUAGCUUUAAUGUCGGAUAACUCGCCAGAUUAGGCUGCACAAGCUCUUAUUAACAAUGUGUUUGAAUACAUGAGGCUGUAUUGUUACGAACCACUUGCAUUAGUGCACUUGCAUGAUAUGGUAAAAUGUGUCAUGCAGUAUUUUUAUGUUCAGCUGUUCGGCAAAGAAGCAAAAGGUGUGUUGCUCGUGGCUAGGAAGACCAAGACAAUGUAGGCACGAAAGUAGCGCGAGGUGCUUUUUAUUCAGGAAGAGUGGUUUUUCUAUGUUCCCAUAUGCCUGCGAUACUGACAAGGAAAAUAAAAGUGACUUUUGACAGCCACAAA